AUGAUCCGGUUUCAAGCCUUUUCGCGGCGGAGACUAUAUCUAAAUGCUUGGUUGCCGCAGCAGAGAGUUCAUAGCAGCACGAAGCUAGAGGCACCCAGGGUUUUUAGCCGAUGGCUCAAUGUCAAUAACGUCCAUGAUCCAAAACAUGUAUUUACAAACCCUUCCAACAACGAAGUUCCGGAUUCCAUGCAUUUUUUCUCUCGUCCCGACUCGAAAAUGGUCUCAGAAGAGGAGCUCGUCGUCGGUAGCAUUCAGCAGUCUAUUAAAAACCAGCGUCGAAAGCGCUUAAGAGAUAUAUGUGGUGCUUUCGCAGUAGCAUUAGUGGGGACAAUACUCGGCUAUUCUAUUGGUUAUAGAGUGGUAUACUUACAUGAAGAGUCCUUUAUACCGGUAUACCCGGUGCCCAAAGCUCGUAAUUUUAGUGACGACGAGCUCCGAUCUAUCAAUACCCAAGAAAUCAGGGAAAUGGCAGAGUACAAACUCCUGGAGAAACUAUCGAUGCAUCCAAUGAUUAAAGAAGAGUACGGUGUACCAUUGCAUAAGUCUCCUGGCGUUUCUCUGAAGACUCAUGAAUUUUCAGUUUGGCAGGAGGACCCUAACCCGUGUCUUGCGGGAUUCCAAGUUGUACCACGGAGUUCACCGAAUGACGGUAUUGGCUGGCAUUUAGUUCCAUUCCUUUUCAAGUGGAGACUGAGUACUCGUUCCAUCGAUCUGACCGACUUCGCAGAUCGCAUUUUGGGCCUGUUUGGGGUUGAGUCGUCAGACAUAUACCAAAUAGUGAAUCCUAGCCUUGAACCAGGAGGUUACAAAUAUGAAAGACCACCACAUUACUCGCAAAAUCACCGCGCUACAAACUUGUGCUUUAUGGGGGAAUUAGAUUUGGGUCAAAACGACAGGAUAGUUUUCAAAGGUCGGUACCAUGUCGACAUCAAACUGCAGCAGGUAGAUCUCUUGCGCAAAGAAAAAGGUAAGUUAGUGCGCUACGUGCUGUACCAAAGCAACGCGAGAUGA